GAAAAUUUGUGGAUGUCGGGCGUCUCUGAAUUCUACUGAAAAUCUUGGGGAAAUCUAUAUUUAUCAACACUCGAAUGAAAAAUGAGAGAUAUCAUCCACAACUCUGUGUCAUCGCAAUCUUUUCUUCUUCUAAUCAAAUCGUAGACUCACAAAUUAAGAUGAGCUUCCUAUUGGUCAUCUGUGUCAGUACCCUUGUUUUAUCCACCUUUAAUUUCUCACCUACAUCCCAAUAUCUUAUAGCAGAAACCGAUAGGUUAGCCUUACUUUCUUUCAAAGCCAAAAUAAACGACCCACUCGGGAUAUUAAGUUCGUGGAAUGAAUCGUCUCACUGCAGUAAUUGGACAGGAAUUACAUGUAGUCGUCGGCACCCAAGCAGGGUCACUGUCGUGGAUCUAGAAUCCCUGAACUUGGGAGGUCCUAUAUCUCCAUAUAUAGGAAAUCUGUCGUUCUUAGAAGAGCUCCACCUUACAGAAAAUCACUUCACUGGCGAAAUUCCUCAAGAAAUUGGUCAGUUAUCCAGAUUAAAAAAGUUAGUCUUAUCCCUUAAUAAUAUAUCUGGCAGUAUUCCACCCCAACUUUAUAACAUCUCCUCCAUCACUGUUUUUGCUGUAACCGACAAUUUACUUCAUGGAUACAUUCCACCCUAUAUCGGAAAUACUCUCCCUAACCUCCGUGUAUUUUUAAUAGCGAAUAACAGUUUCCAUGGCAUGCUACCAAAAUCGCUAUCCAAUCUUUCUGGAUUGGAUGUACUACUAGAUGUCUCUUUGAAUCACUUCACUGGACCUGUACCGACCAAUUUGUGUAGCUUGCAAGAUCUCACAUAUCUAAAUCUUGAAUCUAAUCGUCUUGGAACCGGUAAAGUGGAUGACCUUAGCUUUUUGGAUUCAUUAUCAAAUUGCAGUCACCUAGAAGUCCUUUCCUUCUGUUGUAAUAAAUUUUCCGGGAAACUACCGAAUUCCAUAGCCAACCUCUCGACAAAGCUUACCCGUUUAAACUUGGGAGGAAACAAGAUAUUCGGAGAAAUUCCAAGUGGAAUUGAAAACCUUGUCAGCCUAAACAGAUUAAGCAUGCCAGCUAAUCGACUAACAGGAAGUAUUCCAGAUUCUUUAGGAAAGCUAACUAAUCUGUUGGAAGUUGCCCUCUGGGAUAACCAACUCUCUGGACACGUUCCAGCAAACAUCUGCAGCAAUACACAAUUAGAAAGAUUAUUUUUGGAUAACAAUAGAUUUGAAGGUACCAUUCCGCCAAGUCUUGGCAACUGCAGCAAUCUGAAAAUAGUGGGACUUUCUAUGAAUCAACUUGUAGGUACUCUUCCUAAACAACUGAUUGGUCUUUCUUCACUGUCAAUGCAGCUUAAUUUAUCUUGGAAUCACUUGACUGGUAAUUUACCUUCAGAAGUCGGUAACUUGGAAAGGAUUAUCAACCUCGACCUGUCAAAUAAUCAAUUAUCUGGGGAAAUUCCAAGCUCUUUAGGAAAUUGUCUAGGCUUACAAAUACUUAAUCUUAAUGGAAAUUUAUUCGAAGGCAUUAUUCCUCCAUCAUUGAAGAGUUUGAAGGGAAUUGUGAACUUGGACAUAUCAAGCAAUAACUUGUCCGGUCGAAUUCCUGAGUAUUUGGAGUCAUUUGCUUCCCUCGUGUAUCUUAAAAUAUCUUACAAUGACUUUGAAGGUGAAUUACCAAACCAAGGAAUUUUCAAGAAGUUAAGUGCAUUUGAAGUCCGCGGAAAUAAAAAGCUUUGUGGAGGAACUCCUAGACAGCAUUUACCAAGUUGUCCACGACCGCCUGGAUCUGGAAAACAAAGUAAGCGAUUCCCUCUGAAGAGACUGCUUCUAAUAAUCUUCGGAACUGUUUUCUGCCUAAUUUUCCUGGGUUCCCUUUUCAUCUGGUUUUGGAGGAAAAAAACAGCAAUGAAACGUUCCUCUUCAUCUUCAGAAGAUCUUGUCAGUAAUAAGUUUCAGAAGGUUUCAUACAAAGAGCUUCUUAAAGCAACAGAUGGAUUCUCUGCAGAAAAUUUAGUUGGAGUCGGAAGCUACGGAUCUGUUUACAAAGGAUUAUUAAUGGUAAAUCAGGAGAUAAAAGUUGUUGCAGUAAAAGUACUAGAUCUUCAAAGACGGGGAGCAUCAAAAAGUUUCAUAGCUGAAUGUGAUGCAAUGAGAUGCAUUCGCCAUCGAAAUCUCGUGAAAAUAUUAACUUCUUGUUCUAGCAUUGAUUUCAAAGGAAAUGAAUUCAAAGCUCUUGUUUCGGAAUUCAUGCCAAACGGAAAUCUUGAGCACUGGUUGCACCCGACAGAAAAUCGCGAACAACUUCAGUGGUCAUCGAGGAGAUCGCUUAGUUUUAUGGAGAGGCUAAAUGUAGCCAUUGAUGUUGCAUCUGCAUUAGAUUAUCUUCAUCAGCAUUGUCAGACACCAAUAGUUCACUGUGAUCUAAAACCAAGUAAUGUUUUACUCGAUGAUGACAUUAACGCUCGUGUUGGUGAUUUCGGACUCGCUAAGUUUCUAGGUGGAGUAAUCAUCAAUGUUGAAUCUGAGCACCAUACCAACAGUACUUCCGUCGGGAUAAGGGGCUCAAUUGGUUAUGCUGCUCCAGAGUAUGGAAUGGGUAGCGAGGUCUCGACUAAUGGAGACGUUUACAGUUACGGGAUCAUGGUGCUAGAGAUGUUUACUGGAAAGAGUCCCACGGAUGACAUGUUUGCAGAUGGUUUAAGCCUGCAUACCUUUGCUAAGACAGCUCUCCGCCCAGAUCGUGUAAUGCACAUCGACCCAACAAUGACACUUUCUCAUAUCCGCGAGGAAGGUAAUGAUAGCAACAAUGAAAUUCCGAUCAAUGGAGAGAGUGAGGCCAAGUUAUGCGAGGCUUUGACAGGGAUUAUCAACCUUGCGAUCUUGUGUUCUGUUGACUCACCCAAUGAACGGAUGGAAAUGGCACAGGUUGUCAAAGAGUUGCAAUCAAUCAAAUCUAUAUAUCUGUCGAGUGUGGUAUCCCAGUAAAGUACCGAGUGGAUGGGAGUGGUUAGCAGCCAAUAGGCGAUCAAUAAAUUGAAAGUUUCCUCUUUGGGAAAAAGAUAUAUAUAAUUGAAGAGAUGCAUGAACCUAAUCUAUGCCUUCCUUAAUACAGUUUUGAUUAGCAAGAGAUUGUUAUUCAGUAUUACAAUAAAUUCUUAAAAUGUUGUAAAAUUACAUGGAAUGAAAAAUUGUCUAACUAUCAUUUUAUUUUG